GUUUCUGUUGUUUUUAAGGUGAUUUAGUUUUGUUGGGAGGGAGGGCGGCCAUUGCACAAGAUGGCGGCGCUGGCCGGUGUCUGGAGGCUGCAGCAGCUGCAGCUCAGGGUCGUUCCUCUGGUCACCAGGGCUCUGCUGAGCGCCGCCCCGCAAUGGAGGACGAGGCCGCCCAUACUCCAGCCCUUCAGCACCGCGGCAGACCAAGCCACCUUCGACACCAUCUCCCGCUUCAAGGAACGUCCGUGGGAAUACCUGGAGAGUGAAGAGUACAUCGAGCGCUACGGCAGCCAGCCGGUGUGGGCUGACUAUCGGAGGAACCACAAAGGGGCCAUCCCACCCCAGAAGACCAGGAAAACCUGCAUAAGGGGAGACAAGAUCAGCGGCAACCCCUGCCCAAUAUGUCGGGACCCAAAGAUUCAGGUUGACCACAGGAAUGUGAAGCUCCUGGAACAGUUCAUUUGUUCCCACACCGGCAUUCCAUACCAUCCCACCAGAACCGGGGUGUGUAUGAAGCAGUUCAAGAAGUUGACCACAGCAAUCCAGAAUGCCAAGGACAACGGUUUGCUGAGGUUCGCAGUGCCGCACGUGGAGGUCCGACUGGAGGAUUACUGUGGCUCCCACGCGGCAGUGGGCAAGACGCCACCUCUAGCGCGGGAGGGCGACGAGCCUUGGUACAGCUGGUACCAGUGGCAGCAACCCCCCGAGAAGGAGAUUGCUCGCAUCCGACAGAUGUACAAACCCUUCCUCAAGGAGACGGCCACCGCAGAAGCUCCAAGUGAAACACCAGGACUUCCAAAGUGACCACAACCACGGGCCUGGAGCCUGGAAGCCACCAUGUAUUCAUGUUGAAGGAAGAACUGCAGAUGCUGGACAAAUCGAAGGUGGACAACAACGCUGGAGAGACUCGGCGGGUAUUUUUCUCCGCGGAUCUGCCGUUGGAUGAAGUAGUGUCGGGGUCCGUUGCGGGUCUGGGUGAGUUUCGGGAGAGUCACAGCGAGGUGCCAUCGCAUCGCAGGCAGAGUAGAUCGCUGGACACGUCUGGAGAACUGCGGCAGAUAGCCGGUCGGUCGGUAUCGAUAGUCCGGCUUGGGUCCAAACCAGGAGGUAGGGAACUGGAGCUGGAAACCAUGAGGUACAAGAUGGAGGGGCAGGCAAAUCCCGAGAAAGCAAACGUGGCUGUGGUAACGGGCCUAGCCACCUAUACCUUCGCUCCAUAGAUGCUGCCUCACCCAGAUGCUGAAUCUCUCCAGCAUUUUUGUCUACCAUGUAUUAAUGUAUUUUUCUUUCCAAAUAAAAUGUGAAUGAA